UUAGAUUAAAGAAUGGGUUUCAGAAGUCCUGUAUAUUAUAUUUGUAUGUUGUGCUGUAUAUCAUAUUUGUAUUUUGUAGAUACUCUUUUUUUUUCAUUUAUUUAUUAUUUUUAAACAAAUUUUUCAUAUAUUAUUAUAUUUUUUAAGGUUAAUAAUCCACCCCGAAACAAUGUGUCAUCCACGAUUGACAAUGGCUAGCGUCUUGAUAGAUCGUGACUAAUAAACUAAGAAAUUAUGGGAUUUUAAAGCUGAAGAGUUUUCCUGAACAUGCGCAUUAGUCGAAUAUUGGAAUAUUGUCGGUUGUCAAGCGUGGUAACUUGUCAUGAUUAAUAGAGUUGUUUAUUUACUUCCACGAAUUUAGUUAAAGUAAAUAACAGUAAGGUGUAAAACCAUGUCAACAAGUCCAAUGAGUUCAGGUGAAUUUAAUCACCUUCUUGCUUUACUGAGCCAGGAAACAGAUUCCUCCAGGAGAAAAUUAGAAUUUAUAUAUCGAUCUACAGGAACUAUUGAUGCUAAACAGGCAGCAAGUAUUUUAUCAGCUAUAGGAUGUGCUCCACAUAAACUUCAAGCAAUUAAAAUCAUGGCACCAAGGCUACAAAGUAUGACAGGUCAUGAAGCUAAAGAUGUUAUUGGGGCUGUCAGUAUUCACAAAGAUAAACUUGUUGUUUUAGAAACCAUAAAAAAAUCUUUAAUAGAUAACGAGACAAAACUAGGAGAAGAAUACAUCCUAAGUGCAUUUCCAUAUGAACAUGAUAAAAAACAAGCUCUUAAUAUUCUUCAAACGAUAAAAGUGGACAGAUCUGAAACGUUAGCAGCAGGUGGUCAUCAAGGUUAUGCGGCAUUAGGAGGUUUAUUCACCCAAUCCCGUCCAUUACAACCUCAUCUAUAUGGACCAAUCGAAUUACAAGUUAUAAUGAUGAAGGAUAAAAGUAAAGGUAGGAUUCCAGCAAGAGCCAAAUCUGAUUAUAUGAAUUCCACAUACUCCACAAGUCAUCCACCUUUACCUUAUAUCCAAGAUAAAACUUACCAAGAAGAGAGAGGUUACCCUGGCAACUCUGGUUUCCCUGCUUUCAUUGAUACCACCCCUAAUUACCCUGCUGGUGCUCCACCCCUCUCUAUGAGUGGCAGUGCUCCAGCACCUACUGGCUAUUAUAAUUUAGAAAAAUCAGCCUAUGUUCAAGAUCAAGUAAAUUAAUCAACAGAUCGUACCUAUUUUUGUUUUAAAUAUCUCCCUUUUUACAAGCAGCAUUAUAUAUGUACUAUAAAAUACUAAAAUUUGCCAUGCCAGCAUUACUUUUUAAAAGUGACGUUUUUUUAAAUAGUAUUAUGUUCUUUCCUUUGUAUUAUUUCUUGAUAUUUAAAAUGGAGUGAUUGCACCAUUGAACAUUAUAUUCUUUGUAUUUAUCCCACUUUCAUUUUAAAUCAUUUAGAUGUGUAAAAAGAAUUCCAUUAAAACAAUUUAACUGGAUAAAUCAAUCCAUUAAUUUGUAAAAUCCAUUCAGAUACAUUUAAUCAUUCCUUUGCCAUUAAGUGCUUUAUGCAAAUAUGAAAAAUAUUAACUAGAGCUAGUUUAAGAUUAUUCAGAGCAGAAGUCAUAUUCUAAGUUCAGAGAUAACUAAGUCAUAAUAAUGUUAGAUUCUUUUAUUAUAUAUUCCAAUUUCCAUACCAGUAUUUCCUUGCCUUUUUUCUAACUAUCAUGUUUUAAUAGAAAUUCAUGGUUUUAUGUAUAAAUAUAGCUUUUUAAUCUAUAUUGAUAUUAUUAUGUUAUAUAAAUCUAAUCCUGUGAUAUUUAUAAAUUAUUACUAAGAACUUAUUAUGUUAUUGUAGAAUAAACUGUUUUAUUUGCA